GGAGAGAGAGAGAGAGAGAAGGAGAGAGAGAGCAGGUUGGAACAACAGACUCCACAGACGCUGCGUCGCGCGCACUGAAGACGGUUCCUCGCUCCUGGUUCCUGGUUCCUGGAGGAGAAUAAUGGCUGGUGGUUGUUCCUGGUGGAUUUCAGGAGGAUCCGAGUUUGUGAUUUAAAAACCUGUGGAUUGUUUCUUUAUUGUCUUUUGUCACAUCAGCCCGGGUCUUGUUGUGAGACGCCGAGGAGGGCGGUGGUGGAGGACUGGUGGAAUUAUUUUCGUACCUUGCAGAGAAAACGGUCAACAAAGAGGGAAGUGGAGCUUCUGUCUGUCUGACUGUCUGUCUGACUGAAGUUAGUGGCAGACAGAAAGUGGAUCCGACGCGUCGCCAUGGUUCUCCGCCUCAGACUCUUCCUCUCGGCUCCGACGCGGUGCUUGUCGUUGUGUUUCCUUCUCUUCCUAAACGCGGGGAUCUUCCCAGUGAACGGGCAGUACGGUGACCGGGGCAUGUCCGUGCCGGAGCACGGCUUCUGCCAGCCGAUCUCCAUUCCUCUGUGCACGGACAUCGCGUACAACGAGACGAUCAUGCCGAACCUGCUGGGCCACACGAACCAGGAGGACGCGGGGCUCGAGGUGCACCAGUUCUACCCGCUGGUGAAGGUGCAGUGCUCGCCGGACCUGAAGUUCUUCCUCUGCUCCAUGUACGCGCCCGUGUGCACCGUGCUCGAGCAGGCGCUGCCGCCGUGCCGCUCUCUGUGCGAGCGCGCGCGUCAGGGCUGCGAGGCGCUCAUGAACAAGUUCGGCUUCCAGUGGCCCGACAGCCUCAAGUGCGAGGCGUUCCCGGUGCACGGCGCCGGCGAGCUGUGCGUCGGCCAGAACAUGUCGGACCGCGCCGAGCCGGAGCGGAGCGCGCCCGCCGCGCAGCCCACCGACCGCGCGCCCUCGGACCCUGCGCUGCACGGUCAGUUCCGGUGCCCGGCCUCGCUGCGGGUGCCUCCCUACCUGAACUACCGCUUCCUGGGCCAGGAGAACUGUGGCGCCCCGUGCGAGCCCAAGAGGUCCCAGGGGAUGAUGUACUUCGGCGAGGAGGAGCUCAAAUUCGCCAGGAUAUGGAUCGGUAUCUGGUCGGUGCUGUGCUGCGCGUCCACCCUGUUCACCGUGCUCACCUACCUGGUGGACAUGAAGCGCUUCAGCUACCCGGAGCGACCCAUCGUCUUCCUCUCCGGCUGCUACACCAUGGUGUCCAUCGCCUACAUCACUGGAUUUCUGCUGGAGGACAAGGUGGUGUGCAACGACAGGUUCGACAACGACAUACGGACCGUGGUGCAGGGCACCAAGAAGGAGGGCUGCACCAUCCUCUUCAUGAUGCUCUACUUCUUCAGCAUGGCCAGCUCCAUCUGGUGGGUCAUCCUGGCCCUCACCUGGUUCCUGGCCGCGGGGAUGAAGUGGGGCCACGAGGCCAUCGAGGCCAACUCGCAGUACUUCCACCUGGCGGCCUGGGCCGUGCCCGCCAUCAAGACCAUCACCAUCCUGGCGGUGGGGCAGGUGGACGGGGACGUGCUGAGCGGGGUCUGCUUCGUGGGCAUCAACAGUGUGGACGCCCUGCGCGGGUUCGUGCUGGCGCCGCUCUUCGUCUACCUGUUCAUCGGGACCUCCUUCCUCCUGGCCGGCUUCGUGUCCCUGUUCCGCAUCCGCACCAUCAUGAAGCACGACGGCACCAAGACGGAGAAGCUGGAGAAGCUGAUGGUGCGCAUUGGGAUCUUCAGCGUGCUGUACACCGUGCCGGCCACCAUCGUCAUCGCCUGCUACUUCUACGAGCAGGCCUUCCGGGAGCAGUGGGAGAGGACGUGGGUCGGCCAGACGUGCAAGACGUACGCCGUGCCGUGUCCCGUCCAGAGCCAUCCCAACGUGAGCCCCGACUUCACGGUCUUCAUGAUCAAGUACCUCAUGACGCUCAUCGUGGGCAUCACGUCCGGAUUCUGGAUCUGGUCUGGGAAGACACUGAACUCGUGGAGGAGGUUUUACACGAGACUGGCCAACAGUAAACAGGGGGAGACCACGGUGUGAUGUGGGGGGGGGGGGACCUCCACACAAGGACUGCAGGACAGAGACGAACUGAAUGAUAACCUUCUUUUAUUAUGUUCAUCUGAUUUUGUCUUUGAGACGCUCACUAUGUUUUUUAUUGUACAUAUACAUUCGUGAGAUUUUUUGUAAGUAUAUAUUUGUAUUUAAAAGAUUUUAAAAGAUUCUUUCCUUUUCCAAAAAAACUUAACAAAACAAAAGACUUUUUUCUUUUUCACGAAACUCACUGUGGACACGAACUGGAGCGUUUUCACGUCCGAGAGUCUGUGAUCAGCUGAACUGCUGAAUAGCGAUGUGAGAAGUGCUUCCUCGUGGCUGCCUGUCUCCUCCUCCUCAUCUUCCUCCUCCUCCUCCUCUUCCUCCUCUUCCUCCUCCUCUUCCUCCUCUUCCUCCUCCUCCUCCUCCUCAUCAUCCUCCUCCUCUUCCUCCUCUUCCUCCUCUUC